CAGGAGGAUUACAAGAAGGCCGAAGCUCAAAGACAAGAAGAGAUGCAUAUCUACUUGGAACGCAUCGAUGCUCUCCAAGCAAAGUUGACCUACCUCGCAAAGGAGACUGUCGCUGCCGCCAAGGAGGCAAACGCUGCGACUGGAUCAAGCCUCGAGAAACAGCUCGCGGAGAAGGAUGAGAAGAUUGCUUUGCUUAUGGAAGAGGGCGAAAAGCUGAGCAAGAAUGAGAUGCAGAGGUUACAGACUAUUAAGAAGCUCCGUGCGAAGGCUGCUGAGGAUGAGAGGGCGACUGGGGAGCUGAGGAAGAGACUAGACCGUGCUGAAGCGUCAGAGGCCGAUCUCAAAGCCAAGAUACGUAAGGCACAAGCUGCAGAACGUCAAGCUUCUGAAAAGAUCAAGCAGAUCGCGACCAUCGAAAAGCAAGUAGAUGAACUCAAGGUCGAUCGUGAAAAUGCCGCCGAACUAGUUCGAAGCCUGACGGCUCAGCUAAAGGAAGCGAAGGAGAGCGCGUCAAGAGCAGCCAAGGAAGCAGCAGGCAAAGCUACGGAAGCCGAGAAGGCACAGAUUGCGAAUCUACAGAAUGAGCUUGAGGAUGCUCAGAUUGAGAAGAAAUUGGCCGAAGAUCGAGCAGCUGUGGAAAUCAAGAAGUACAAAGAAGAAGCCGAUCGGCAGCGUGAGAAAUUCGUGGUCCAGGAGCUGGAGUUGAAAAAUGAGAUCCAUGGGCUGGAGUCGAGACUGGAGGCAAUGAGAGCAAGGUUGGAAGAGUCAAGCACUACUACCGGAACUGGUGAUGGUGAAAGCGCUAUCAAGCUGAUGAGGCAAGUCGAAACGCUUCAGCAGCAGUAUGCACUUGCGAAGAGCAAUUGGGAGACGAUCGAAGGUUCUCUCAAUGCCAGAGUCGCAGCACUCGAGAAGGAAAGGGACGAGACUACCAAGCGCGAGACUGAGACACGUAAGAGGGCACGAGAUGCUGCUGCAAGAUCAAGACGAGCUGAAGAAGAUCUCGAGACCGCCAAUGCUCAGGUCAAGAGCCUUGAGCAGGAAUUGCAAGGCCAACUAGAGCAGCUUAAGGCGCUAACUUCACGUGUGGAGCAAGCUGAGAUUAUCAACGCUGAUAGUAAAGCUGACUUCGAACGCCAGCGCAAGCUGUGGGAGGCAGAGCUCGCUUCUCGCCUGGAGGAGGAAAAGAUAAAAUGGCGUCGCGAGCUUGCCGGACCAUCAGCGACGCUGGAAAGGCUGCAGUCGCCAACCACAUCUACCUCUAGGAAAACCUCAGCAGCCGAUUUCCCUGGAGUUCGUGCGAAACCUCUACUCUCUCGGCUCACAUCGCAUGAUUUGGCCGGAUCUCACACGGACUCUUCACGACCAUCGAGCGCUGGCAAACGCAGCAAUAUCGGGCCUACACCUUCAAGCAUCACUGCUCAAAGCACGAUCUCCUUUGAUCCUGGAAAUAUCCCUCCGACGCCUUCUAUCGAAACCGACCCUGGCCGUCGAAGCGGGGAUGGAGACAGCUGCCCUCAACGUACAAUCGCUGACCUCGUCAGCACAUCCACUGCAGGGCCCGCCGCCGGUCCCUCAGUGCAACUCGUUGACCGCCUCUCAGGCCUCGUCCGCAAACUCGAAAGCGAAAAAGCAAGUUUCAAAGACGAGCUUCGCAGACUCACGCAGCAGCGUGACGAGGCUCGAAGUGAAGUCGUCGACUUGAUGCGCGAAACUGAUACGAAGAGAGACACUGAGAGUAGGAUCGAAACUCUUGAAAAAGAAAUUUCUGAGAUGAAGGAAAGGUAUGAGGCGUCUCUGGAGAUGUUGGGGGAACGGGAGGAGGAAGUUGAGGAUUUGAAGGACCAGAUCGCUGAGCUUAAGACCAUUUACAAGGAAUUGGUUGAG